UCAAGGAAUACUCGACUCGGAUCCUCCUCCUCCUCCUCUCUUCUGCUUCUUCCUGUUUUUUAUCCUUUCUCUCCAUGCGUGACUUUGCCCUCGGCGAACCGUAUUGGACUUCCUACAGUCUUCAAUCCAUUAUCGUAACCUCUCUGCUACUCUCUCUCCUCAUCUCACCGUAAUCCGGACUCUGCAAAUUCAACGUCCAAAAAAUGUGCUCCGAAGGAUCAAGCGUCGUCGUUCCCAGGAAUUUCAGAUUACUGGAAGAGCUUGAGAGGGGUGAAAAGGGAAUUGGGGAUGGCACUGUUAGCUAUGGUAUGGAUGAUGCUGAUGAUAUUUAUAUGCAGUCAUGGACAGGGACAAUUAUUGGACCUCCUAAUACUGUGCACGAAGGGCGCAUUUACCAGUUGAAACUGUUCUGUGGAAAGGACUAUCCAGAUAAUCCACCAACUGUUAGGUUCCAAACACGAAUAAACGUGACCUGUGUCAAUCGUGAUACUGGAGUGGUUGAACCCAGUCUUUUCCCCAUGCUUGCCAAUUGGCAAAGGGAAUAUACGAUGGAGGACAUAUUGACACAAUUGAAGAAGGAGAUGAUGUCACCACAAAACCGAAAGCUAGCUCAGCCACCUGAAGGCAGUGAAGAGGGAAGGGCCGAUCAAAAAGGGCUUGUGGUGAAAUGUUGCAUCAGUCUAAGGUCAGACUUGAACGAAUACACGAUACUUAAUGUAGUAUACACGUAGAAUGAUACCUGUUAAGGAGCAUCUAUGUGCUAAUCCUGCCUAAUGUAGUAAGGAUCACUCCAUCUGGAACGAUGAGCUGUAAUGUGUGUUCUACUAUCACUUAUGGUUUUGGCGGACAGUCUUGUGUAUGUGAUGUUUUCCUACAGUUAUUUACACACACGUUGUUUAUACUUUGGGCAUGAACCGCCUUAUUUUGUAGAAGCUGAGUACAGGUCCUUGAUAAGGAGAGAUAUCACCGUGUCACGAGGACUUGUACAUACGUCCACUGCAUUCUUGAAUGUUUACUUGUGUUUUUAGAAUGUGACAGCAUUGUGUUUUGUCGUUGUUGUAUUUGCAGAAUUGGAUGAAUGGGUCCGUAGGUUUAUGAGGAUGUUAUAUUUGACUGGCUGCUUCUUAGAUUUUGUAUCGUGAAAAUGUUUGAAACCGCUCCAAAUACUGAGUGGGUUAUGCGGGUAUAUGAGAUGUAAUUAUGUGAACCAAUGGACUAUGAAAUAUCGAUUCUUCAA